GUGACGUCAGACAAGGAAGUGAAGCUCCGGCAGCAUUUGUCAGAAAAGAUGAGCAACAACUGCAGCUCUAACUAAUAUUAGCUCGCCGUCAUAUGCCAUAAAAAACCCAUCAUUUGUGUAUUAAUGGAGACAGAAUAUGUUGGGCUGAAAGGUCGCUGUAAAUGACUUCGAGAUGACUCAACAGUGGCUUGGAUAUCUGGGUUUGUGGCUUUCUUAUAUUCGUUUUACCCACUUUAUGGUAUUUGAUUUACCUUUAGGCAGGCAGCAAUAACAUGAAUAACAAAUCAUUGUUAAAUAUGUUUUUUCACAUUACACGCUUAUUUCUAUAACACUAUAGAGUACCAUUGAAACCAGUACAAACAAUGUCACUGGGUGAACAGUCUCAAAAGUGGUUUCCAACUCAUGUCCAAGCCACAGUUCUUCAAGCUGCUAAUUUACAGCCCAAGGGCAAAAAUGCCACCAAUGAUGCAUACACAAUCAUUCAGCUGGGCAAGGAAAAGUACUCAACAUCAGUGUCAGAGAAGACACUUAACCCUAUCUGGAGAGAAGAAGCUUCCUUUGAACUACCUGGGUUACUUUUGGAUGGCAACCCAGAAGUCUAUGAGUUGUGCUUCAUUGUUAUGCAUCGUUCCUUGGUCGGGCUGGACAAAUUCCUCGGUCAGAGAUCCAUCAACCUUAACGAAGUGUUUGACAACAAGCAGCGACAGAAAACUGACUGGUAUACCUUGCAGUCCAAACCAUCAAAAAAGAAGAAGGAGAGAGGACGCAUACAAGUCAGUAUCCAGUUUAUGCGGAACAAUAUGACAGCCAGUAUGUUUGACCUCUCCAUGAAAGAGAAGCCCCGCUCGCCUUUCUCUAAACUUAAGGUGAAAAUGAAGGGUCGCAAACACGACAGUGACACGUCUUCAGCCAUCCUACCUCGCUCUGCAGCGUGUGACUCUGGUCCUAACCACCAUCCAACUGCCCCAGAACCGCAAACACAGCCCGAAACCAAGGCUAAGCGAUCGCUACUUUCUGGGGCCCAGAAACUCUCUGCAGCCCACUCCAUGUCAGAUCUCAUUGGGACCCACUUUCGAACCAAACCGGACUCCAUGAAUUCCAUAGAAGAAAGUGGUACAGCUGGUCCUCACAGGCGUUCCCAGAGUGAGGUACCAGGCCUCCAAGACAACGAGGCACACGGUGACCCUUUUACUGAUAUCAGUGACACCCUGCCACAGAAGUAUGCCACGCUCCCACGCAACCGCAACCCAUUUGAGGGGGAGCAAGGGCAGCUGUGGGACAAGCCCAAGGAGAAAAAAGAAAAGAUCAGCCUACUGGAACGCAUGACUGGAAAGAAGGAUGGACGCAAGACCACCAAUGGGGGUCGUUCGGGCAGUUCUGGAGACCUGCGCUCCCCCAACCCUUUUAGUGGCGACUCACAAGUACACACUAACCCUUUCGGCUCCAACUACAAAGUAAGUGACAAAAAGCCACCUGGAAAUGAAGACAUCACCCUGGGCCAAGGGAGCAGGGACGUCUAUGCCAUGAAAAAUGUCCAGGAAGUGUUACAGGGGAGUAUGGCAGCCUAUAGAAACUUGUCCUUUGAGGAAGUGGUGCAGGAACUCGUCAAGCAGAAAGAAGUGGUGAAAAAGAAAGACGCCCACAUCAGGGAGCUGGAGGACUACAUAGAUAACCUGCUGGUACGAGUCAUGGAGGAAACACCAAGCAUACUCCGCACACCCUAUGAGCCUAAGAAAAAGGCAGGUAAACUCAAUAAAAAGUAGACAGUAGAGGCACAGACAAUAGACUACAAUAGAGAAGAGUCUGGAGUUAGUUUGCACAUCACUAUUGUGCGAUAAAUGAUGUGUGAGGAAAAUUCAUGAUUAUACAUUAUAAUUGUAGUUUUAAUAGACAUUAAACACUUAUCAUCCUUUGCCCAAUUACAUAUUUCCAUUCAUAAACUGUUAAAAAUGACCGAUACUGUGCUAUUUAGGUACUUAAACAAACUUAUCAGUGCAUUUUAAUCAAAUCCACUUAUUUAACACUGCUCUGAUUCAGUUUCAAUGUUUGCACUUGUGAGUUAACAGUGGUCUGUUGGACUCAGCUUCUAUCUUGUGCUUACCAGCUCUUCAGGUUAAAAAGAAGCCAAAUUUGAGUUUAGUAUAAGCUGUAGAAGCAAUCGUAUGCUGUUUAUUAGAACGUGAUGGUGAUUAAGCAAUUUCUAACACACGUUUACAAUUAACACAUUCUUAAGCCUGCCACAUUUAGUCAGGCUGUUCAUUCCAGAGCUGCUUCCUAAAAUUGUCUCUCCUCUUGCUUGUUAGUGUUUUAAAUCAGCAAAGUCACCAUUUUUCAUCUAAGUCCCUAGAUUGUGCUUACUUUUGGUUUAAUUGUGAAGACUAUCAUUUAAGGGUAUUGGUGAACGUUAUAAGUCGGAAAUUCUAUUUUUACUUAGAAGUGCAAUAAUCCUAAUUUAAUGAUCUUGCUUUAUGUUAUGCUGGAAUUUAAUGGAAUAUUUCAGUUUAUCUCAACUUUUAAUGUUAAUGGGGAGUAUUUUGAUUUGUUACCUAUUUACCGGCCUUCAUCUCUUUCAAUACGAAGUACUGGGGUGUAUGUAUUGAUUGACGCUGUCACAGCUCUGUUAUUUUUGAAUACUAAGGUAUUUGUAUGGUACUUGAUGUCAUCCUGCUACUACUGUAUCCCAAUACCCUCCCCAUGAUUUUUGUGGUACUAACACUGGUAUAAAAAGGUUUGUAUUAUGGAUUGAUGAAGUAAUGUAGAAACCUAAUCUGUUAAAAUAAUUUUUGUAUGCACUGUACCACAGUACAUCGCAGCACUUUGUUUUUGUAUCCUCUGUAGAGUCCAAACGCAAACAGUGUCUUCCGUGCAAAGUUGGUAAACACAAAAUUAUUAGACAAAAAUUGUAAACUGACACUGUUGUCAUCACACUCUGAUUUUGUUAGCUGCAAGAAAGCUGUUUAAUCGCACUGCUGUUUCUAAUAUGAACAUCAACAAUAUAAACCACAUUUACAGUGGAGGAAAUGUUUAUUUGAUCCCAAAGACAUGAGCAGUCUAUAAUUUUAAUGGCAGGUUAAUGUUAACAGUGAAAUAUCUAAAAGAAAAUCCAGAAAAUCACAUUUAAUAAAAGAUUAAAAUGUAUUUGCAUUUCAUUGAGUGAAGAAUUUGAUCCCGCUCCAACAAUAAAGAAUUCUGUCUCCCACAGACUAGUCCUCUUACUUUUAGAAAGUACUCCUAGUCUAAACCUGUUAGCUGCAUGAAAGAUACCCGUCUCAACUUGUGACCUUUAUAAAGACACCUGUCCACAGAAUAAUCAAUCAAUCAGACACGGACCUCUCCAUCAUGGGCAAGACCUAAGAACUUUCUCAGGAAUAUCAGGGACAAGAUUGUUGACCUGCACAAGGCUGGAAUAGGCUACAAGACAAUUGGCAAUAGGCUGGGUGAGAAGGAAACAACUACUGGUGCAAAAAUAAAAAAAAAUUAAUAAACGUAAAAUGACUGUCAAUGUCCCUCAGUCUAGGGCUCCUCGCAAGACUUAACCUCGUGGGGUAUCAGCGAUCAUGAAAGAGGUUCGGCAUCAGCCCAGAACUACACGGGAGGAGCUUGUUAAUGAUCUCAGGACACCUGGGACCACAGUCACCAAGAAAAACAUUGGUAACACACUACUCCGUAAUGGGCCAAAAUCCUGCAGCGCCUGUAAGGUACCUCUGUUCAAGAAGGCACAGGUACAAGCCUGUCUGAAGUUUGACUACGAACACCUGAAUGAUUCAGAGAAUGAUUGGAAGAAGGUGAUGUUGUCAGAUGAGACCAAAAUCGAUCUAUUUGGAAUCAGUUUGACUCUCCAUGUUUGGAGGUAGAGGAAUUCAGACUAUGACCCCAAGGAACACCAUCCCCACUGUCAAGCAUGGAGGUGGAAACAUUAUGCUUUAGGGGUGUUUGUCUGCAAAGAGGACAGGUCAACUUCACCGCAUUGAGGGAAAUAUGGAUGGAGCCUUGUCCCAUGGAAAACUGGGUGACAACCUCCUUCUCUCAGCCAGAAAACUUAAAAUGGGUUGUGGACGGGGCUUCCAGCACGACAAUGACCCAAAGCACACAGCCAAGGAAAUGAAAGUGUGACUAAAUAAUAAGCACAUUAAGGUCAUGGAGUGGCCUAGCCAGUCUCCAGACCUAAAUCCCGUAGAAAAUCUGUUGAGGGAGCUGAAGAGUUGUGUUCCCAAGGCACAGCCUUGGAACAUUAAGGAUUUGGAGAGGAUCCGCAAAGAGGAGUGGUCCUCCCGAGAUGUGUGCAAACCUGGUUAUCAACUACAAGAAACAUCUGACCUCUGUACUUGCCAACAAGGGGUUCUCCACCAAGUACCAAGUAAUGUUUUGAUAGGGUGUCAAAUAGUUUUCCCCCCUCAAUGAAUUGCAAAAUAAUUUGAGUCUUGUUUUAUAUGAUUUUCUUUUUGAUAUUCUGUCUCUCCCUGUUAAAAUACACAUUAAAAUUAUAUACAGUUCAUGUCUUUGUCAGUGGGUAAACUUAUGAAAUCAGUGAGGGAUCAAAUAAUUACAGUGCCACCAGAAAGUAGUCACACCCCUUCACGUUUUCCACAUUUUGCUGUGUUACAGACUUAUUCUAAAGCUGGUUUGAGUAUAGUUUUCUUUAAAAAAAACAAAUCGACAUAAAAUAUCCUAUAAUGACAAAGUAAAAACAUAUUUUCAGACAUUUCUGUAAAUUUAUAAAAAAUGUAAACAUUCACUGUGAUUGGCUGGCGACCAGUUCAAGGUGUACCCCGCCUCUCGCCCGAAGAUAGCUGGGAUAAGCUCUAGCACGCCCGCGACCCUAGUGAGGAUAAGCGGUACAGUAAAUGGAUGGAUGUAAACAUUCAAACAUAAUAGGUACAUAAGUAUUCACACCUUUUGCUAUGACAUUCAAAUUUAAGCUCAGGUGCAUCUGAUUUCCACUCAUCAUCCUUGAGAUGCUUCUACAACUUGAAUGGAGUCCACCUGUGGUAAAUGCAGUUAAUUGAACAUAAUUUGGAAUGGCACACACCUGUCUAUAUAGGUUGCAUAGUUGGCAGUGCAUAUCAGAGCAGAAAUCAAGCAAUGAAGUCUAAGGAAUUGUCUGCAGACCUCCGAGACCGGAUUGUGUCAAGGCACAAAUCUGGGGCAAGAUACAAAAGAAUUUCAGCAGCAUUGAAGGUCCCCGAAAAGCACUGUUGUGUCGAUUAUUUGGGAUUGGACGAAGUUUGGAACAGCCAUGACCCUUCCCAAGCUGAGUAACCAGUUAAGAAGGGCCUUGGUCAGAGAGGUGAACAAGAACCCUAUGGUCACUAAGGCGGCGCCUUGCGGCGAUAGAACCAUCCAGAAGGUCGACCUUUGCUAGCACACUGCACCAAUCAGGCCUUUAUGGUAGAGUGGCCAGACGAAAGCCACUUCUCUCUACAAGUCACUUGGCAGCCCGCUUGUAGUUUGCCAAAAGGCACCUUAAGGAUAUUAAGGUGCCUUUUUCUCUGGUCUGAAGAAACCAAAAUAGAACAUUUUGGCCUGAAUUGCAAGUGUCAUAUCUGGAGAAGAAGGGGCAUUGCUCAUCACCUGGCUAACACCAUCCCUCUGUGAAGCAUGGUGGUGGCAGCAUCAUGCAUGCUGUGGGGCUGUUUUUCUGCUCCAGGAACUGGGCGACUAAUCUGCAUAGAGGGUAAGAUGACAGCUGCCAAAUAUAGAGAGAUUCUUCAAGAGAACUUGCUCCAGAGUGCUCUCGAACUCAGACUCGGGCGUCGAUUCACCUUCCAACACGACAAUCACCCAAAGCACACAACCAAGAUAACAAAGGAGUGGCUUCAGGAGCAGCCUGUGAAUGUCCUUGAGUUGCCCAGCCAGAGCCCGGACUUGAAUCCAAUCAAACAUCUCUGGAAAGACCUCUAAAAAUGGCUGUCCACCGACGCUGCCCAUCCAACCUGACCGAUCUUGAGAGGAUCUGCAGAGAAGAAUGAGAGGAAAUGGCCCAAAACAGGUGUGGCAAUCUCAUAGAGGCAUACCCAAGAAGACUUGAGGCUUUGAUUGCUGCCAAAGGUGCUUCAACAAAAUAUAAAGCCAAGGGUGGGAAUACCUAUGUACCUAUUAUGUUUAAAUGUUUACAUUUUCAAUACAUUUGCACAACUGUCUGAAAAUGUUUUUACUUUGUCAUUAUGGGAUAUUUUAAGUAGAUUUAAAAAAAAAAAAAAAAAAAAAAAAGAAAACUAUACUAAAAUCAGCUUUAGAUUAAGUCUGUAACAGUAAAAUGUGGAAAAAGUGAAGGGGUGUGAAUACUUUCUGGUAGCACUAUAUUUCCUCCACUGUAAUUUGUGCUUAAUGGUAAAAAAAAGAAAACGGUUCAUGCACACAUUUUAAAUUUACAUUUCUUUAUUCCUUGGAGAGAAAAAGCAGCUGCGUCCUGUACAGUGUUAAAACGUGUUCUAUUGGCAAUAUGGCAGUCUUACACCCAAAGUUACAUCUGGUGACUGUAAUCGCCUUCUCCUGUUGAUUGUAUCAUUCCUGGUAUAUGUGUUCCACCUUUGCGCUUUAUGAUACCAAAUUCACAGGUGAGAUGGAGUGUUUUUUCAAAAAUAUUUGUUGUGGCAAGCAACAUUACUUUUUGCUGCCUUUAAAGUAGUUAUUUUACAUGAAUGUACUGUGUGUGGUUUUGUACAGAAAGCCAAUAUAUAUAUAUAUAUUUUUUUUUUGUUAGUGAAUGUAUUUUAGUCGGAAUACAACAUGGUGUUAUAUGUAAAGCUCAACAGUGUCCUUGAACCUAACUGGCCUUUCAAUUAUUUUGUAGUUCCAAAGAAAAUUAUUGCAUUCAGAUACAUUUAUUUUGGCUUCCACAUCUCAAUUACUGGACAAACAAAUAAUAUUGAGCUUCGUGUAAAUUAUUAUUUUUUUUUACACAAUUGAGGUGUCUUUGCAGGAAGUUUUGUGAUUUAGCUGAUAAUUCAUUUUACGAUGAAGACUAUGAAAAAUGUAGUUAAGAAUAUGUUUUCCAUUCUGGAAAAUCCACUCACUGAUUGCCUUCUUGUAUGCUCUAGUGUGAGCUCUCGUUACACAAUUAUCUACUGCUGAAGUGCAUAUGCAUAGUUAGUAAAUUAAAAUGGACCUUACCUGGGAGUUGUAAUAUUUCAAUUGCAUUCAAUCAUUGUUAUCACAUCCCUUUUCUGGUCGGCUUAUUGCUCAUUUUGUUGUGCUUUAAAAAUUUUUAAAAUGCAUCUAUUAUGGAUUUGCAAGUGCAAAACAUAUUGCAGAAAAUUCCCCACCUAUUUUUCAUUCAAGCUAAACUUGAAAGUGGCAAAUUGUGAUAUGAAAUUAAUUCUCUGGAAUUUCAAUAGUUUUACAACUCUGACAUUUUAUAGUUGAUGAUCCGACAAGCCAACUAAAUCAAUAGAUUCCUAUCAGCCUUAGAGACAACAGCAUGUAAUUUAUGCUUAUUCCCACCAGGUGCCUGCAGAGUGAAGGCACGCAGCAUCUAUCUGCUCUACUCAUAAUGAUGAUAUAUGAAUGCUAAGGAUGAGAUACAUUCAACAUUGAACACAUUUGGACCCUGAAGGGGAUUUAGUUCACAUGAAAGAAAGUGAUUGUGUUGGAAUGAAUUCAUUUUGCUUGUCAUUUUUUGCCUUUUAGCCUGAUUGCUACAUUUGCUUUAUGUUUUAAUAUAAUUUGGUUCUUUGGUAGAUGUCAAACUGCAAUACACAAAUCUAAAAUGAAGAGCAUUUUCAAAAUCAUUUUCUAGCACAACACUGAAAAGGGGGUGACUAUCAUUAUUAUACUUCUAAGCAGUCUCUUUGCAUGUUUUUUUUUUCAUCCUGUCAAUGCCGCUUGUUGAAUGUGCAAAACACUAAAUAUGCUCGGAGGUAAUGUUUACUAUAAAACACACAAGUAUUCUCCACAGCAAUUAGACAAAUGGCCAUAACAUGUCUGACUAAUGUGUAAAAUUGUUGUGGGUGAUUGUAGCCCACACCAUAAAACAUUGCAAAGGUUCUGAUGAAACAUGAUGCACAACUAGUGGUGAGAAUUAUUUUCAUGAAGUCUUCUUGUGCUGCUUUAACAGUUCUACACAGUUUUAAAAGAAAUGUAUGACUUUGUUUGACGAAACAACAGUUAUACACUGCGAUGAGUGGAAGUUGACCAGCAUGCCACUGAGGUUCAAAGGUUUAGCUUCUGAAUGUGUCCCUGGUCUUCCGAAAUAUUCAUUCACAUGCAUUCAGGUAUAAUUGACAGACUAUUAAAUCAUUGUAUGUUCUUUUACUUACCUUCUGAAUUGAAAUUUUUUUUGGGUUAUAUUUCUGUAGAUUCAUAUGCUCGAACACAACCCUCCUGCUUGGACAGUGUGUAAAGUGUACCUUCCUGAAAGGUUGGAGGAAAACUGACAUAUAUUACAUUAAUAUUUGCCUUCAGUGGCCAGCUUGAGGUUUUUAAACCAGCAUGUUUGGAAACAUGGUUGUAUUGACUUUUUCUGGAGCAGGGUGAUCUAGGAACACAAUUGUGAUAAGGUUUAGGCAACAGUAAUUCAGAAAUGGUGACUCUAUGUGAAGUGCCAAUUAUAAAAGAACUUCAAAUGAAUGCUUACUCAUUCUUUAUGAUUAAACAAUUGCAAAAAAAAUCCAAUUUAAGCAACGCUAUUACUAUCGCUGCAAUUGAAUUCCAAAGGUACUCUGGAUGUUUGAAAGGCACAGACAAAAUUGUAUUGUCCUUUUCAAUAA